AUGAAGCUCUUGAUGUUGACUUGUUUACUGGCAGUCGCCACCGACUCAGUUCCUCAUGGCUACAACCUAGACGCAUCCUCUGGCACAGGGUUCUCUGCAGGCCCUUCUUUCGGUUCUGGCUUCUCAGGUGGCUUUGGAUCUGGUUUCUCCUCAGGAGCAUCAGGAUUCUCUGGAGGUUCAGGAGGAUCUGGUUUCUUCGGAGGUGGCUGCAGUUCUGGGCAGGUUCUCAAUGUGGACGGCAGCUGUGUGACUCCUGUGGUCAGUCGCAAUUUGUUUCUGUUCAAUGCGCCAGCAGUUUCUCCAGUGGUUGGUCCAAAACCAAAUGUUCCUCCACCCAAAAUUGAGCAUAACAUUGUGUUCAUCCGCACACCAGAGGGAGGCCAAGGACAAGAACCUAUUAUCGUCCCACCACCAAAACAGAAAAAUAUCGUGUACGUUCUCAACAGGAUAACUGAGCAAGGCCAGAAUGUCAUCCAAGUACCAGCACCAGAGCAAGAGAGUCCUCAAGUAUACUUUGUUAACUAUGGUGAAGGAGACAACCCGUCUCUUCCUACCGGUGGAGACCUUCAGUCCGCCCUCAGCUCCGCCGCGCAAGGAGAAGGUGACGUGAUUGACAACGGUGGUGGCGGUAGUUUGGGAGGUGGGUUUGGAAUUGGCGGCGGAGGCUUUGUAAGCGGUGGUGGGGAUGGGUUCGGGAUUGGUGGUGGUGGUGGUGGUGGCGGCGGUGGAUAUUCAGCUCCCGUGUCUCAACCAUCAACAUUUUAUUCUCAGCCAUAAAAGCCAGAGCACCAUAUAAAAUAUAUACUUUGAUAUGCACUUAUAUAAUGCAGUAAUGUUCGCCUAUUUUUCCCCCUGAAGGCACCCAUAGCUCAUAUAUUUACGGCAAAACUAUUACUGCAAAUCGACUAGAGGUAAUGAAUAGAAUCAUGUCGUAAUUUCUACAGCAUCCCUGGCAGAUAUCCACGGUAUUCCGGUAGGAAAUCGCUGAACUGUGGUAAUUUGUGGUGCUGAAUUAUGGUGCUGCUGACUAUAAUGAAGAAAAGACACAUUGCUACAACGUUU